AUGCGGUUUGACCAAGUCUACCAGCGCUACAUGAUCAGUGGUGCAAAUGCCGACUUCACAACCAUGUGCAUCGAUCUUGACAUGCUAAAUUAUGAUUCGGGAAAGAGCCUCGAUGAUGAUUCGAAAAAGAUGCUUCGGGCAAAUGGCCUCCUGAUCCUGUGUGCCUUGGCAACCAGCCAGGUGCUGCUUCCAAAAUCCCUGCCAAAGGGGGAGUGCGCGAGAAUGUGGAGUGAAGUGAUAAUGACAUCGACGGUGAACAAGGGCCAAUGCACACCGGAGGACCUCGAGAAUGCCCUUGCACGACUGUGGGGGCUGUCAAGUGACCACCAGAAGAGGAUACUUUCUGCAGCCGUUGACAAGUUGACAUGUCAUGAGCAAUAA